AUUAAAAAAAAAAAAAGAAAGGUGAAGGAAAAGAUUUGCUAGGAGCAGCCAUAGAAGUAGUUCCACCACAGGGUCGUCUUUUUGCCCCCAAAAACCCAUUAAAAGGGAGAAGCCAAUAGUCUUUUCCUCUCUCUGGUUCUGUGUAGUUAAAACUUCGAAGUGAAGGGUAAAAUUCAAGGACUUUAAUAAGCCAGAACUUUUGCCUGGUGCUCUCAUUUUUGCAUUUAAUAAAGAAAAAAAAGGGAGUUCGAACAAGGCCUGAUAAAGGAGAACUAUUUCGAUGUGCAGUGGGUCAAAGACACCAACUCAUACUGGUUUCAUCAUGGAGAAGAAUGAAUUUCAACGACAAGAUGGGUUUUGCUGUGAUCUCUCUUUUCUGCUCGAAUUGUCUGCCUCGAAUGAUCUUAUUGGGUUUAAGAGAGAAAUUGAAGGAGGCCGUGAUGUUGAUGAGCUAGGCUUGUGGUAUGGAAGGAGAAUUGGCUCAAAAAAGAUGGGGUAUGAGGAGCGGACACCCCUUAUGAUUGCUGCCUUAUAUGGAAGCAAAGAUGUGCUGAAAUAUAUCUUAGAAAUGGGCUGUGUUGAUGUUAAUAGGUGUUGUGGGUCUGAUGGGGCCACGGCGCUUCAUUGUGCUGCUGCAGGUGGUUCUGUUUCUUCUCUUGAGGUUGUUAAGCUCUUGCUCGAUGCCUCUGCUGAUCCUAAUACUGUUGAUGCAAAUGGAAAUAAUGCUAGUGACUUGCUUGUUCCAUUUGUUAGUUCUGGUUCUAAUUCAGGGAGAAAGGCACUAGAGCUUGUGCUAAAGGGUGGUUGUUAUAGUGAUGAAUCUUGUGUUUUGGCUAAUCAGAAUCCUAAUGAAAUUGAUAGGCAAGAACAACAGGAAGUUUCAACACCCAUAUUUUCAAAAGAUGGUACUGAAAAGAAAGAGUAUCCUGUUGAUCUCACUCUUCCAGAUAUCAAGAAUGGCAUAUAUGGUACUGAUGAAUUUAGAAUGUAUACGUUUAAGGUGAAGCCUUGCUCAAGGGCAUAUUCCCAUGAUUGGACGGAAUGCCCAUUUGUUCACCCUGGUGAAAAUGCUAGGCGGCGAGAUCCAAGGAAAUACCAUUAUAGCUGUGUCCCAUGCCCUGAGUUUCGGAAGGGGUCAUGCAGGCAGGGUGAUGCUUGUGAGUAUGCACAUGGUAUUUUUGAGUGCUGGCUUCACCCUGCACAAUAUCGAACACGUCUUUGCAAAGAUGAGACUAGUUGUGCAAGAAGGGUUUGUUUUUUUGCUCACAAGCCUGAAGAGCUUCGGCCCUUGUAUGCCUCAACAGGUUCGGCUGUGCCUUCACCUAGAUCCUUCUCAGCCAAUGUUUCAGCGCGGGACAUAGGUUCUAUCAGUCCACUUGCUCUUGGUUCUCCAUCUAUCUUGAUACCAGCUACUUCAACACCACCGAUGACUCCCUCUGGGUCCUCAUCUCCUAUGGGUGGAUGGCCAAACCAGUCUAAUAUUAUACCUCCUACCUUGCAGCUUCCUGGUAGCAGGUUGAAAUCUGCACUGAGUGCUAGAGAUCUGGAUUUAGACAUGGAGUUGCUUGGGCUUGAUAGUCACCAUCGCUGGCAACAACAAUUGAUGGAUGAGAUAUCUGGUCUCUCCUCACCCUCCAGUUGGAAUAAUGGUUUGUCUACUGGUUCAGCUUUUGCCGUCUCUGGUGAUCGAACUAUAGAGUUGAAUAGGCUUGGACGAGUGAAGCCAACUAACCUUGAAGAUAUUUUUGGAUCUCUUGAUCCUUCAAUUUUGCCUCAAUUGCAGGGACUUUCGGUGGAUGCCUCAGCAUCCCAAUUACAAUCUCCAAAAGGAAUUCAGAUGCACCAGAACAUUAACCAGAAGCUCCGCCCUAGUUACCCUACCAACUUCUCAUCUUCUCCUGUGAGGACAUCGUCCUUUGGGAUUGAUGCAUCUGGGGCAGCUGCAGCAGCAGUUUUGAAUUCGAGGUCUGCUGCCUUUGCUAAGCGGAGCCAGAGUUUCAUUGAACGAAGUGCUGUGAACCGUCAUACUGGGUUUUCUUCACCAACAUCUUCUGCAACCACAAUGCCUUCUAAUCUUUCAGACUGGGGUUCCCCUGAUGGCAAAUUGGACUGGGGUGUCCAAGGAGAGGAGCUUAAUAAGCUGCGCAAGUCUGCUUCUUUUGGCAUUCGAAGCAAUGGCAGCAGUUUGGCAACAGCUGCAGUCUCAGCGCCUGCAAUUCUCUAUGAGCCAGAUGUGUCAUGGGUUCAGUCCCUGGUAAAGGAUACCCCUCCUUUGAAUUCUGGGCACUUGGGUGUUGAGGAACAGCAGCUACAAUGCCAUCUUAACACUGGUGGUUCAGAAAUGCUUCCAGCUUGGGUGGAGCAAUUGUGCAUUGAGCAGGAGCAGAUGGUGGCUUAAAGCAACAGAAGCCCCCAGUUGGCUCCUAAUUUAACAUUUUAACUAGUUUAUUUUUUCUAUUUUUUUAAUAUUUAUUAGUUUCAACUUCUAUCUAGCGGCAAGAAAUUGAAGAAAGAAAAGAAAAAAAGAAGAAAAAGGGCAAAGGUCCAAGGGGAGAAAACAAAGAAGUUGGGCAGAAUGAAGGAUAUCUGCUCAUGGCGAUACGCUUUUUCUAGUUAAUUUGGUUCUGUUGUAACUAGAGUUAAUAUAUUCUUCUGAAGCAUAUUCUUGUGCUGAUGAGAGAAGGGCUAGAUGGUGCAAAGUACCUUAUUUCCGGGUGGCCUAUUCUUUGGUUUAUUUUUACUUAUUGUAGGUUUGUAUACAUCUCAUUGUACUAUAAAGCUGUUACGUUAAUUACUGAAUUCAAUAUGUUUCAAAUUUCAGUA